UGAGUCAUAUAUGCCCGUUAUAUAAAUCAGCUGAUCUUAUCUGUUUACUAUCUUCAAAAAUAACAGUUUCAAUAGUCAGUGUACUAUAAGAAGUGAUCGCGUAUGAAACUUCCAAAGUCAGAACAUGAACAUGUCCUUCACUCCAUCUGAUGCUCCCACCGCGGGAGGUCGCUGCGGCUGCAGGAACCCCGAGCCGCAGAAGACAUGCGCUCUGCUCCCUGAGAUCCGAACUUAGAAGUUUGAAACCGCGCACAACAUCCUUCCCAUCCACUGCGUUCAUUUAACUGGUGCUUUUAUUUAGAGCGGUUCAGUCUCAUAACUCGGAUGUGCUGCGUUUCUGCAAGUGGGAUUGACUGGAUAAUACAAAAUGUGAGAGCUGUUUUGGAAUUAGAGUAGACACUUUUCAACUACUAUCUUCUGAGGAUAACUCUUCCACACUCUGCUUUGUAUUAUUAUAUGUAGGCUUCAUAAGGUGCAAGAGGCAGAUGAAGCCCGUUUAACCUCUCUGAGACCACCUAAUAAGACAUGAGCAUGCGGGACCCCUGUCUGAUGUGAACAGUGACGGCGUCUGGAACCCAACCUACGCCCCCCUCCCUCACACUGCCUCCGUGUUCCCAUCCAACAUGAGCCGGUCCUACAGGCUGCUGCAGCAGUGUCUGUCCCUCCUGAUGGUGGUCCGACUGCAGGGCAGGGUGACGGCCCCGGAGCGUCAGGAGGCCCCGGUGGAGUCACCCUUCACCCUCAGCUGCUCCCUGGCCCGCGAGCGGCCCGGCGACGCCGUGAGGCAGGUGCGCUGGCUGGACGUCCAGAACCAGACGCUGCUAACCUACCAGCCCGGGCAGACGGACAGCGUGAGCGGCCAGCAGCACGUGGAGCUGGCCCCCGCCCCCAAGGACUCCUCCGCCAUCACCAUCCGCAGGGUGGGGUUCCGAGACGAGGGCUGCUACACCUGCAUCUUCGACCUGCUGCCCAGCGGCUCGCAACAGGGAGCCACCUGCCUCACCGUCACCUCCCGCAUCACGCCGGCCCCUAACCAGACGGCGGUGGCGGGGAAGCGGGCGGUGCUGUCCUGCUCCUACGGCCUGCCUGAGAAGGUGCAGCAGGUGGUGUGGAGCCACUCCCCGGGGCGGGGCGAGGCCCAGGAGGUGGCCUCGUUCGCCCGCCGCAGCGACCCCAUGGUGGAGCCCCCCUACCAGGGCCGGGUCUGGCUGUCCGCCUCGCUGUCCCACAGCCAGCUCACCCUCCAGCCCGUGGCCGUCCCCGACGAGGGCUGCUACACCUGCCUGUUCCACACCACCCUGGGGGGGCCCCGCAGCGCCACCGUGUGCCUGGACACCUACGUGCUGCCCAAACCCCAGGUCAGCUACCGGACCACCUCCCCGGGCGUGGUCGAGGCCAACUGCAGCUGCGUGUCCCGCCCCCCCGCCGAGAUCGUGUGGAACGUGGAGCGGGACAACCGCACCCUGGGGCCCCCGGUCAGCACCCAGACGGCCCAGGGCGACGGCACCACCCUGGUGGUCAGCACCCUCACCGUGAGGGCGGGGCUCCUGAAGGACGUGUCCAUCAAGUGCCUGGUGCACCACAGGGGGCUGGAGUCCGCCAUCGCCGUGGCCAUGAACACCAAAAUUGGAACUGCUCUGGCCAUCCUGAUCUCAGUGACCACGGUGGCCGCGCUGCUGGUCAUGUCUCUGUGCUUCUGCCUGUGGAAGUGCUUCCUGCACAAAGAUGGAGAGGAUGUCUGAAUAAUCUCUUGGAUCACCUGAUGAGAAGGACCUGCCCAUGAGCCAAUCACAUCGAUUCCAAAGGUUUCGCCGAAUCACCCAAGUACUGCCUCACAGCCGCCUCUGGUACAAUCCCACCGUGAACCAUGACAUUCAGCACCACCCCGGCCCGGGUGUGUUCAGAGCCGAGGGGAGCGGGUCUGGUCCCGGGUCGGUGGAGGACCUUCUCUGUCUCCUCAGCAGGGCGACGUCCUCCUGACAACCGGGUCCAAGGAUAGAAUAUUAAAUUCACCAUCGCCGGUUUACGGUCUCCUAAUUACUGGUAGUUUUGUCAAAUAACAGCAUCUGAUCAGCUCAAAUAAUUGUUUAUGUUUAUCUCUUUCAUUAGUUUUACAUUUAGAGGCCCGUGUCAUGUGAUGUAUUAGUUGAAGGGUGCUGACCAAUGGGAUGUGUCCUUCAUCUUUCUCCGCCGUCGGUGUGUGAAUGUGUGUAUGAAUGGGUGAUUGUGAGGCAAUAUUGUAAAGCGCUUUGGGUGGCCACUGGUUACAGUGAAAGCGCUAUAUAAAUGCAGUCCAUUUACCAUUUCCCAGUACUUUGUGUUGUGUGUGGCGGUGCUUCGUGAGUCUGUGCCUGUCUUGUAUUUUCUAUAGUAAUGAAAUGUUAGACUCCCUGGGGACGGGACCAUGUCCAGCAUGGCUUGAAUCAAUUGCCAUUGCAAUGCUGAGGCCAUAUUGGUGGGUUGAUGGCGUAUACUAGCCUUGCGCUGUUUGUUUGCAUGUGCGUGCGUGUGCGCAUGUGCGUGCGCGUGUGCGUGUGUGUUGACUGAACAAAGCUGCCCUUGUUUCAACAGAGCAUGUCUUGUUACUGUCACCAGAGAUGUCUUCUCUCAGAUUCACCUGUUGUGGUGCACUUGAGAAACUGUGAACUCAUAUAUAAUCUAUACUUAUAAAUUACUCUGGGCCCCAAACACUUUGUAAUUAGGGUGAUAAACCUAUUUCUAUUUUAUUUUCUGGUAUUUAUAGACAAGCUUUGGAAGGUUAUCGCUAAAGUCCUCUUCUACCUAAAAGCUUUCUAAUCUUCUGAGUCUUACCGCCACACAGCUUAUUUUAUGUUGGAUUCAACCAUUUAUUUUAGUUUAUGUCGUAAUGUUACCUUGUACAAACGUGGCGCAAAAGGUUUUAUCCUUUAAAAACAAAGACUGAACGACCACUUGUGUGACACACACAUUAAAGGUAUUUAAAAUCA